GGAGGUAAUCCUGUUGCUAACGACUGAAGAAAAGUGCUUCGUUUGCGUUCGCUUUACGUGAAACAAUCCAAUACAACAGGCCCGAUGGAGAAGGAGUGAGUUAUCCAACCGGAAGCAAGAGGACGUGCUCGUGUGUCACAGCGGAAGUAACGACCCUUUUCACAGGGACCCUCUCCUCUUCCCACCCCAUCCGCCGUCUCCAUGUAUCACAAGGAGAAGAGCAUCCCGAUCAAGAACAGCGCCUCGGCCCUGUACAACAACCUGGGGGUGCUGCGCAUCGCCCCGCGGCGCCUCACCUACUUCACGGUGGUCCACGCCAACGUGGUGAACAUGGUGAGCUCGUCCUGGGACGGACUGGACUGCUCGCACCGCCAGCUGCAGUCCAAGGAGCCCAACGUGGCCACCAGCGCCUCGCUCAUCAUGCAGGCUGCAUUUUGUUCCCUGCAAUCUCGGGAGCUGCUGGUGGUGACCUCCCAGAAAGGCAUCCAGAUGUAUGAAUCUGAUGGAUCCAUCAUGGUGUACUGGCAUGCACUGGAUACUCCAGAAACGACUACAGCUCAAGCUGUGUUUGCUCGAGGGAUAUCAGCAGUGCCGGAGAAUUAUAUAUGUGUGGGCGUUUCAUCUGGAUCAAUUCUUGUGUUUGACGUUCCCAGUAAAGGAACUAACAUCUCCCUGUCUGAGGUGCUGGACGAGCACAAGGAGUCGAUCACUGACAUGGCCUCCGAGUGCUCUGGCAGCCAGGAGUGCAUCGCCGAUCUGGUCAGUGCAGACGAUGGGGGCAACCUGUGUGUCUGGAAGUCAGGGGAGGAAUUUCAGCUGCUCCACAAGAUCCAUGGCUUUGACAUGAGCUGCUCAUCUGUCAAGCUGUGGAAAGGCACAGUGGUGGCAGGUUACGGCACAGGCCAGAUCCGUCUCUACGAGGCAGUGACGGGGAUUCUGCACGCUGAGGUCAACGCCCAUGCUCGAUGGAUAAACUCACUAGACAUCGCUCCUUUUUCUGGACUGCUUCUGUCUGCUGCUGAGGACUCUCUAGUCAGAGUGUGGCACCUGAAUCUGACCCCGGAGACAAACAGCGUGGAGAUUGCCCAUUUGCACAAUGAGUGUGUGACAGACACACAAAUCUGUGGCGCCAAGUUCUGCGACAACGAUGGCUAUGCUUUUGCAGUGACAGGCUAUGACCUGGGUGAGAUUAUCCGCUACACACAGACGUAGGACAUUGCCUUCACGAGGUUAAGUGGAUGAAUGUGAAUUUGGGUUGCGACUCUGCAAUAGUGUAUUUAUAAUAAUCCUUUUUUUCGGAGAGCUGUUGUUUCUUGGGGUCCUGUCUCAACAUCUCUACAUCUACAAAGGCUAGAUGGACAAUAGCAUCAAACUAAUUAUGUUCUAAAGUGUUAAAGUUUCUAUACAUAUUU